GGCACUGAGCGCUUUUCACCUCCAGCGACAGUGUGUCCCUGACGCUGGCAUGCGUAUAGGGUGACAUAGAAGGGCUCUACAGAAAUCCCAUAAAGCAUACAUUAACCUAUAAAACUUGACAUGAUUGUGGGAUUGGCCACUGCUUAAUGAUGAAAAUAUAUGGUUUAGAUCAACAAUAAAAUAAUCUUAUUUGUAACCAUUGAUAGUAUGAGAAAUGGGGUGUAAUGGGAGACCGGGGACAGUUGUAACACAAGACCUUUCUAAUACCUUGAAUUUGUCCAAUCAGAAGCAAGCUAGAGUGCCAUCACUCACUGGCACAUGCUCAGUUCAGGUAUCUGUCUGCUUGUGGAAGAGGAGCUGUCUGCCAAAGCCCUGAGAUUUUAUUUACAAAAAUCCAUUUUUGACCUAGUAGAGAAAAUGUUUUCCCCAUAUUUCUUUUUGUGAUAUAUAUUUGUGUUAUCCAGUUUAUGGAUCCAGGCUUUUAGCAUUGUCAUCCCUGAUCUCUGUACUUACAAUUGACACAAUUGAUUGCUCUUCGUUGUGUUGUUUCUUGCUGGAACAUGAGGUUUAGUAAUGGCUCCCUGGGCUGGGGCCAGUUGUAAUACGUGUUGCAAUUGACCCCAUACAUCAUUAGCUGAACUGUAUUUGGGCACAUGAAUCUUGCACUGAAGGAAACAAAAUGUUCAUGUAUUACAAUUGUGACUCAGAGUGACAUAUUCUUGCUUAUAAAUUUAGGGAUGUUAAAAAGUUUUGAAAGUAGGACAACAAAAAAAAAAACAUUUUGAUUUUUCAAUAUAGACAUUCAGUUUUUUAGCUAAAAUAAAAACAAACAUAUUUGCUUCAUGUCAAAAUUGAUCUUAUUCAAUAAAACAUUCAGUUCUCGAGUUAAAUUAAAUGUGUUAUUAUGUUACAUCUGACCCCCCAUUAAAACUGACCCUGGCCAUGGGGCCAAUUGUAACACCUGACACCUUACAUGUCAAGCCCUCUUGCCAUAUGUAUAUCAGCUCUUAAAACAGGAUAACUAUAGGGAUUGGUAGAGGACAGAUGUAAGUUGUUUGUAUCAAAGCGUGGUCAAACUAGCUCAAAUCAUCUGUGGGUAAUGGAGAGAAAGGUAAAAAAAUGUUACAACUGUCCCCGGUCUCCCCUAUCUUACUAAAGAAAUUCAACUCCACAACAGCAACGUUUUCGGCAUAAUUAAUUUAAAGUUUUCGCUUUAUGCAGUAAGAAAUCACAAUGUUCAUAAACAGGAUCAAACUGCAUCCAAAGAUUUUCGGUCAUAAAUUGUGCUGCAAAAUUAGUUUUGUUGUAAAAUGUGCAAUGGUACAUUCCCAGUUCCAAAUUUCAAAAUGCUUCUGUUUAGACAGUUUCUUGAUAUGUGGCUGAGAUUUAUAGGAUUGUUGUAACCACAGCAUUUUUAUUUUAUUUAUUUAUUUUUUUUAGCUUUUUUAAAUUUAUUUAUUUUUAUUUUUUAUAUGUUUAUAUAGUAUAUUCCCAAGCAAAGUUGCCAUAUUCACAGCCAGCGUCGUACAAACAAUCAAACCAGAAAAUAUUGAAAUGUCAGUGAUGAAAAAACAUCUUUUGGAGAGAAUAUUGUGGGCUGUUUUAUUGUGCACUGGGAUGUAGCGCGUGACUGUUCACGUAGAGAAAGUGGGAUUUGGUAGCUUGGGAGACACUGAAAUAUAAACUGCUCUAAAAACCCAAGCUUUCUCAUUCAAGAAACAUACCCAGUGCAAUCGCAUCUUCUCAGCUGUGCUCAGCUGGCAGCGUCACACAUAAGAGAAGGGAGGUGUUCUACUGAGCUACGUUGUACUACUUGAAAGCCAGAGAGGGGCGCUGGAAAAGUAUCUUGCACUUUCCCGUUCACAUGGAGAACUAUCCAGAAACUGUGAGGAAUUCCGCUGUUCAAAAUCCAUCACUGAAGCCCAGUACUACAAUCGAUACAGUGACAAGUCACAAUGGUAGUGUUUUUCAUAAUGAAAGCGACCUUUUUGGAAGAAAUGAAGAUUUAGCCAAGAUAGAGAUAACCGUGCUAAGUAUCAACUUUGUUGUCGCUGUCAUUGGGAACUUAAGUGUUUUACUGGCUUUAUCCAGGACCAAGAAAAAAAUCUCCAGGAUGCAUCUCUUUAUAAAGCACCUCAGUUUGGCAGAUCUAAUGGUUGCUUUUUUCCAGGUCCUGCCUCAACUUUGCUGGGAUGUAACUUUUCGCUUUUCGGGGCCAGAUUUUCUUUGCAGAAUCGUGAAACAUCUCCAGGUUCUGAGUAUGUUCGCCUCAACCUAUAUGCUGGUUAUGAUGACUGUGGACCGUUACAUUGCCAUAUGCCACCCGCUGAAGACUCUCCAGCAACCUACCAGAAGAUCAUAUGUGAUGAUAAUCAGCACGUGGGUAUUUAGUUUUCUUCUCAGUAUACCUCAGUACUUCAUCUUUUCUUUGAGUGAAAUUAAAACCGGCUCCGACGUCUAUGACUGCUGGGCGCACUUUAUAGAGCCAUGGGGUGUUAAGGCAUAUAUCACUUGGAUAACUCUUGGUAUCUUUCUCAUUCCAGUUGUGAUACUAGUGAUCUGCUAUGGUUUUAUCUGUUAUAACAUCUGGAAGAACAUCAAAUACAAAACCCAAAAAAACCAGGGCGAAACAGCGUCCAAAAACGGACUGAUCACGUCCUGUGUUAGCAGUGUGACAACGAUAUCCAGGGCCAAAAUGCGAACUGUCAAGAUGACUUUUGUCAUUGUUCUGGCGUACAUUGUUUGCUGGGCUCCUUUCUUCAUUGUGCAGAUGUGGUCAGUCUGGGAUCCAACUUUCGCUUGGAAUGACUCUGAAAACACUGCAGUGACACUAUCGGCUCUGCUAGCAAGCCUGAACAGCUGCUGCAAUCCUUGGAUAUAUAUGUUCUUCAGUGGGCAUCUCUUGCAAGAUUUUGCACACUGCUUCCCCUGCUGCCAGAAGAUAAGCCGUAAGUUUAAGAAAGAGGAUUCGGACAGCAGCGUCAGGAGGAACUCUCUGUUAACGAAGAUCCACAACAGAAGUCCAACCUGUAGCACAGGAACCUGUAGAGAACAUAACAAUUCCCCUAAAUCAUGCAGGUCCAUCCCAGUAAACACCUGAAUCUGUUUUUUAUUAAUACUGUGUAUAACAAAUGAGACAAGGAAUGACCAGGCAUUGUGCUGUUGGAAGGAUAGACUGGCCAUCUGUUAUUUGCAGUGAUUUUUGAGGGAUGUUAGGAUAUCUAAACCUACUAAUUGCCUGGUAUUUCACUUCAGGUAAAUCAUUUAAAAAAAACAAAACCUUUGUUUUUUUAAAGAGCUUAACAUUCCCUUGAAUUUCUGAAUAAUCGUAGCAAGGACAGUGCAAGGGGAAUUAGAACAUUGAGGUUGGAAAAUAAAGAAUUAUAUACAGAGCAAAUGCAGUGUAGCAGUCUUCAUCCUAUAGCAUGCUUUCUUAACGUGUGCUUUCUCAGUGUAACCUACAUGCAUGAACCAUAGGAUGGGACGGGUACAUGUCACCAUUUGUUUUAUAUUAAACUAGAGCUCAUUGUCUGCAAAUUGACGGAAACAUCAAAUUAAAUGGUACUUUCACAGCAUUCAUUUUGUAAAGUAUAAAUCUGCCAAAAAUCUGUACCCUUGCAGGCAAAAAAAUAAAUAAAUAGUUGUCCUUAGCUAAAUUUUACAGUACCAAUAUCCUUCACUGUUUUCCAUCACCAAACACUCUGAUUAACCUUCUUAAAUAUACGUUUUUCAAGAUUUGAUGUAUAAUAUCCAAAGGGUCAGUUUGUUGACAAGUUCAUGACCAGCUUGUACAUUAAGCCUUUUUUUUGUUUGUUUGUUUGGAGCGUGAUCCUAAAAAGAGUCAGUUAGUUUGCUUCUAAAACAACCUUCUUUUAAAGUUGAUGCUAAAAGCUGAAAAUAUUCAAUAGGUAUAUUUUCUAACUGCUUUAAAUAAUAAUGUAGGUAAUUUUUAUUUCAAUUUUAGUCCAAAGCAGUCAUGAAUAUGUGUAAUUUAAAACAAUAAAAAUAAAUAAAUGAUAAGACACACAGCACUUUUAUAUAACACCUUAUCAUGGUGUUUUAUUAAUAUUUGUCUCUGAAUUGUUUACAUACAAUCAAUUAGAAGGCAAGGUUUACAAUGUGUUGCCUUCAAGAAACACAGCAUCUUGAAAAUAAGAAGUAACAUACUAAUUCUCCUUUGAUUACAAGAAAUCAUAGACAGUCCUACAGUAUGUGCUGCACUAUAUAACAAUGUUAGGAGUAUUUCUUGAUAUUCUAGCAAAUAUUUAUGUCCUUGUGAUUUAAAAAAUAAUGUUUUUAUUACUGUUGUUGUCAACACCAUAUUAUUACAGGUGGCAUAUAACACAUACUGGCUUACCUUGUUUGAGAAAUAAUUGUUUGAGAAAUAAUUU